AUGCUAAAAGAGCGAGAGCGUAUUUCUGAAUUGCGAGGGAAGAACAGGGUAAUGGUCAAGAAGCAGGAUCUUUACGAUCCUCACAGCUUUCAACAAUUUUGCCUAAGGCAUUUGUCAAAUCGAUUCCUUGAUUAUUCACUUCUAUUUUAUCACGGUUUUCAGAAGCUAAAGAAGUUAACGGUCGUACAAGGCAAGCGUAAAAAGUUCACUGAUGUAGACAAAGUUUUUCUAAUGCCUGAAGAGCUGUCAGGCUCAUUGCGGCAGCUAGAACCUCAGAGUAGCAUUCUUACUGAACGGUUAAAAAGCUUCCAAAAACGGAAUGUUUUGCCUGUUUUAUGUGAAGCAAGGAAGAAGAAGGUUAAGGGAAGAUUGAAGGUUAAAGUUGUUGAAAGACGGUCGCAUAAAGAUGUCACGAUAGGAAGUCAUUUAAAAGCGUAA